CAGUUUCAUUUUGCGUGACAGAGAUCGAAACCAGGUCGGGCGAUCUUUUUAUUUUUAUUUUUUAUUAAAUGUAUUUCUUCCUACGUGGCUGUGAUGCACUGCUCACUUAUACAAUCGUAAUCGCCGAAAUGGAUAUGAACGGAGGCUUGAAGAUCUCCAGCAAUAUGUUUGUGAAUGUGUGACGAAUCUGGUGAGCGAGACAGAGCCCCGCUGCAGAUGUGAAGAGAACACAACACACGCACGCGUAGGGAAACCAGUAGGUUUGAAAACCAGUAGGGGUGUAACACCGGUACACGACGUGACCAGUGGCCAUCCAUAUUUGUCUCUAGUGUCCUCCCAGCUGGGUGUUCACACACACACACGCACACACACACACACACGCACGCACACACACACACGCACACACACACACGCACGGAUCUGACACCCUGUUUCUCCCGCUUCCUGCUUCUUCUACAACGGUCGCUGUGAGCAAGACGGAGCGAUCAGUGGCGGUGAAGGCAAAACACCACCGACACCACCCGACACCACCCGGUGCGACCUGCUGGUCUCAGCCCGACCCAGGAGACCGAGCUCCGGGAGCGCGGGUUCCUCUCGGGUCCGGACUCCGGAUCCUCUGCAUCCGGAGACCAUGCGCGGCGACCUGGACGGAAACAGACUCUUACUCUGACUGGCACCAGUUAUGAGACCCCAAUGGACCUGGUUCCUGUCGGCGCGCUGCCAAGACAGCAAAUCUCCUGACCCGGACCAGGAGAGGGAGCGGCGCUGGGCGCAGCUGUUCGAUGAGCUGGACGUCAACAAAGAUGGACACAUCGACAUCCUCGAACUGCGGACGGGGCUGGCCGGCCGAGGGCUCUCCAAGAGCUCCCUGGAGAAGAUCGUGGAGGCCGGGGACACCAACCAGGAUGGAGUACUGGACUUUCAGGAGUUCACCCAGUACCUUCGCACCCAUGAAAAGGAGCUCAAACUCAUGUUUAAGAGCCUGGACAGGAACAACGAUGGUCAGAUCGACGCAGCAGAGAUCCAGCACUCUCUCCACACCGUCGGUGUGGAGAUUAGCCUUAAGGAUGCCACCAGGAUCCUGCAAAGAAUGGACAAAGACGGCACCAUGACCAUCGACUGGACUGAGUGGCGAGAAUUCUUCCUGUUUAAGCGUCUCACUAACAUGGAGGACAUCGCACGCUACUGGAAGCGCUCGAUGAUGUUGGAUAUAGGUGAGCAGCUGACGGUCCCCGAUGAUUUUUCUGAAGAGGAGAAGAAGUCGGGCUAUGUGUGGCGGCAGCUGAUGGCCGGAGCCUUGGCUGGAUCUGUAUCUCGGAGCGGGACUGCCCCCUUAGACCGCCUCAAAGUCUUCCGGCAGGUUCACGGCUUCGCUGAUUUUAAAGGGAACGUGCUGAGCGGUUUCAAACACAUGCUGAAAGAAGGAGGACUUCGCUCCAUGUGGCGGGGCAACGGAAUCAAUGUGCUUAAAAUUGCCCCAGAAACUGCUAUUAAGUUCACAGCUUAUGAACAGAUCAAGAAUUUGAUGCGUAGCCAAAAUGAGACAAGAAAUCUGAGGAUUCAUGAGAGAUUUGUUGCCGGCUCUUUGGCUGGAGCUACAGCUCAGACCGCCAUCUACCCAAUGGAGGUGCUGAAGACCCGUCUCACACUCAGAAAAACAGGCCAGUACUCAGGAAUAGCCGACUGUGCCAAACACAUCCUUCAGAGAGAAGGCGUCGCAGCCUUCUACAAAGGCUAUGUACCCAACCUGCUCAGUAUCGUCCCUUACGCAGGCAUCGACCUGGCCGUGUACGAGACUCUGAAGUUUGCCUGGCUGAACAGGAACAGAGGGUUAGCCGACCCGGGGGUCAUGGUGCUGGUCGGCUGCGGUGCCGUUUCCAGCACCUGUGGACAGCUGGCGAGUUACCCGCUGGCACUCAUCCGCACUCGAAUGCAGGCACAAGCUUCCGUGAAGGGAGACCCUAAACCCUCCAUGUUGGCCUCGCUUCGCAGCAUCUUGACGCAGGAGGGUGUGGCCGGACUUUAUCGAGGCAUUUCCCCCAACCUGCUGAAGGUCAUCCCCGCCGUCACUGUGUCCUACGUCGUCUAUGAGUACACGAGGAUACUCCUGGGAGCGGAGAUUGAGGGUAGGAGGGGCGGGAAGGAAAAGGCGUAGGAAAUGGUUUGAGGUGGCUUUUUCGACUGCGAGCACGUACAGAUCGGUUGGCAGUGCAUGACGACACGGGCCUUGACUGUGGAUGGAUACAUGGACCUGUGAUCACAGGUUGUGAGUGUUCAGGACGGGAUGGAAUACAGGCCAUGGAAGGAAAAUAGACCCAAAAAAACCCAACAGAUUAUCUUUUUUAUAGAAUCUGUUGUCAAAUACCUCCCCUGAACCGGCAGCUGCUGUGAUGAGUUACGCGGGUGAUGUAUUGCAUUGCAGUGCAUUCAGUUGUGUGACAGCUAAUCCCUCAGGUUCCUGCUUCUGGAUUGACUUGGAUAGAUGAAGACGUGCAUGAACGUGCCUGAGAAGGAACAGGUAAAGGAGGCCAGGUUACAUUCCUACAGCAUUAUUUCUUUUCUCCUAUAGGUGGUAUAUAGAGAAGAUACACGAUUGAUAGGAGGACUGAUUCAACUUCCGGUUGUGAGGGAACCUGAAGUCGCUGCACAUCGUAGGAGUUACAGAGUUACAACUAUGAUUGACAUGUCUUAAACAAAUGUUACAGACACUAAAGUACAGAAAUACUUGUAAAAUAACAACAAGCAUGUCUGAAUUUAUACCUCUCCAAUGACGACUGAAACACAUGAUGUUGAAAAAUCACUGCCGGUCUUGAGACUGUCAAUCUCGUCAUUCCUGUAAGGAUUAGGAUUAUAACUGCGUAAAGCACACCUAUUUCUUUUAUAGGAGUGGAACUGCCAAAAGCCAUAUCAAGAAGCGUAAAGGAUUCAUAGUUACGACUCAAGCAAUAAUACUCAUGUUUUAUGAAUGUUCCCAAGUUUGAAACACUACCGGGUCCACUGCCACACAGUAUUUAUCAGAAACUAUGUGCGCACAAUGUGCAGGUUCAACACUAAGCUAAAGUGUUUACGUUGUCUAUAUCAUUAAAAACAAUAAGAAAUUAGAUUUAAUGCCAAUGAACAUUUUUGACGUGUCAGUAUUUAUCAUGUGCGAAUAAAUGCAUGGAUGGUGCUGCUAUUGUUAAAUAAAAGCUGUGAGCUUUUUUUCUGACGAACUGA